AGGGCUCAUCCAAAAACCUUAUGCAGCCCAGAGUUCAGUUUUGGAUAAGUGAAUGGCAACCUGGAGCUGCCCUUCACAUAACAGUCUCUUUAUCUUUCUCUGUAGUGCAUUUAUCUCAUACUUCAUCCCCCACACCUGGACUGCGCAUUUAAUUGCUGUGUUAAGAGUUGUGUCAGAGAGAUGGAGGAAUCGUCCCCACCGUGAUUCUUCCAGCACCACAACCAGUGCCCUCGGCACCAUGACACCAAUGCAGCUUACAGAACUGUCCAGCUUCAGGAAAAAAAUAAAUGCACAGGAAACCAUUACGAACUAAAAAGCUCAGACUGCCUCGAAUAAAAAUGCACUGUGUUUGGCUGCCAUCCAGGCUUCCCAGUUAUCCCAGGUACAGUGAGAGCAAACGAGCUUCAGAAGUCGGGCUGAGCGUCUGUGCAAGUCUGGUCUCUUAUCUCCGGGAUCAAAGAACAAAUCCUCUCUAAGUCCCCUCUGCCUUUUUAACCUCACAAAAUCUUCCCCUACAUCUCACUAGUUCCACGCAAUGCUCGUUCUUCAGGACAGUGUCAACUACAGGUAAAGCCCUCCUAUGCAAGUAUUCAAUGAACUUAAGCGUAAAAAUCAUUCCCAGAGUUGUCAAAAUACAGGUCGUAUUCAUGGAUGAUAUGAGUUACAACACUUUUUCUUCUUUUUGCCAAGUUCUAGUUGUGUGGUUUUGUUUUUUUUCUUAAUGUAAAACACUCAUCAGAGUUAUUUUUAAUGUAGAACAAUACAAGAACAACACAAGUAAUACUAAGAACAUAUUGUAACCUUACAAGCUUAUUUUCUGGUGUUUUUCUUCACCCCAAAAAAACCCAUACUAAAGAGGUACUGAAGGCUCCGUCUGUCUCAUUCCAUAAUCUACUGCCACGCACACAAGAAGCAACUGUUACUUACUUGUGUUAUACAUUUGUGGAAUCAAGGUUACCUCAAUAACUCGCUUCUUUGCACUGGAGACACUCUCCCUCCCCAUCCUGCAGAACAGGGAACACCAGUUGUUACAGUUAUUAAGAGUCGGUUGUGUUCUCAAUGUGCCAUUCAUUAUCACACUUCCAACACAGACACCUCUCCUUCACACAGCUUUUGUCUGAAAGAAGACACAGAGAGAGCAGAGCCAUGGUGGGACACCAUCAAAAUACACCUAGCAAACAUUUUAAAUGAACACUGCACCCUCACGCCAUUUUCCUCACCGUUAUUUGACAAAUUUAUAAUACACACUUAGCUUAUAUUUUGAGAUCUGCUGAAAGCUGUGUGCAGACUGGAUCCUACCUCUGUUACGGUAUCCCAUCCCUGCUUCCCUAGUGGCUUAAUUAUAGAUGCAGUACUGUGUGUCAACAGCCUCUGAUCAACUGCUUUAUCUAGCUCAUCUGCUGAGAGAAUACUUUCCUUGGAUCAGCCUGUAUUGCCUGUUAGACUGUGAUAAAGGCAUCAACAUGUCCUUUCCAUGGGACGAUAUUGUAGUGCACACUGACGUGUAAACUAUGAUGCAGUUUGGCAUUUUAGGCUGGAAAGGUGGGGUGAUUACUCCAGAGAUCUGCAUGCUGAGCUUCAACAAUGAAGAAUGAAGGGAAGUUAAUCAUGGGCCGUGCAGUGAACACUUCCUAAGAGGCUUAAUUAUAAAUGCUGUGCAGUGUACAACUGCAAGGAGAUGUGUGUUAGCUAGGGAAUGUGUCUUCUGAAAUUGCUCACGUGAUAGCAUGAUGAACCUGAAGAAUUCAGGGGAAGCAUACUGAAAAUCUAGAAGGAUAUUUCCAAAUCAGGAAAUAGCAAAAGAAAACAUUUUACUACGUAUAACUGCCUUGUUUCCAAUGCCUUACUUACUGAGUAAACAGCACUUGAAAAUGAAACGUAACACUCGUGCAUCAACAGGUGAACUGGCUGUAGCUGCAUCUGCUUAAAUUCCCAAAUAUUUUCUUCCCAUUUAUUGCUUUCUGUAUAUCUGCCUUGUUAUUAUCCCUUUUCACAUUGGUUGAGCGUCCUGUUGAAAAUUGCUUCAACUCUUAGUUGAAGACUAGGAGCUGUUUGGUCUUGUAUACAGUCAGGCUCACAGUGAUCUGAGCAGCAGUUUUUUAAGGGAAAGAAAGGACACAAGAAUAUAAACUACGGCAAAUGACGUGGAAAAAUGACACAUAAAAAAAAACAAGGUAGGUGCAGAUAUAAAGGCAGAAUAGAGCUGUGAUUGCCAGUCAGAAAAACAGCUGAGUAGGAGUCUGCAGUUUAAGAAACCUCUGAAACUGCAUACAUUAUGUUUAGAUGAGAUGGAGGAGAGUUUCAUAACUAAAUAACAAAGACUUCUGCAACUAUGAUACGGGCGGGUCAAUAGCAUAACAUUAAAAUGUUCUCACUGAAGAUAAUGGGCAAAUUUUCCCUCACAGUUGAUGAAAUCACAUGGAUAAAAAAGACUCACAAACGGUCAUCUACACAGCUCUCAGCUAAGCAUACGUUGAUGGCGUUCUUGAUUAUGGAGGAAUGACUUUUUCUCCACUCCUGUGCAUCUCAAGCCACUGGUGAACGCAGCAGCAGAGGAUUAUCUGAUUUAGACAGAACGUUACCUGCGUGUCCGAGGUGACUCAGAUCUGCUGUGCCCGCACCCUCCCAUGCCAGGUGGCCUGGGCUUGUUGGAGCAGCAGAUGAGGCGAUAUCCUCCUCCUGGGCAUCUCCUGACUCCAUCCCCGCGCCACCGGGGCACCUCCGGCUCUCCACAUCACUGCAAUCCUAAACACGAGACACAAGUAGGAGUUAGAGCCGUGCUAUUUGGGGUUUCAAUGAUUCCGCUCCUUCUGAGCCCACACUCUGCUGUGGGUUUCUCCUCCAGCCUCCAGAAACCGGCACGAGGAGUUCGGUUGGCCUCGAGCUGCCUUUCCCCGGGCUCAGCAGGGGAAGUAGCUGGAACGUUCUGGAAGCCGCCUGCACGGAGGCUCGGGUGGCAAAGGCACGGCCGUUCCGUGGGGAAGGGGCAGAAGUCAAUCGCCCGCACUUGGCGAACGUGAGAUCCUCCCCGGGCUCGUAGCUAUCCGCGCCCGCGGAGGUGCUCGGAGGGAAGAAGCCGGGAAGGGCCGUCCAGCCUCCCAGCGCCCGUAGGGACCUCUCGUUGCACCAGGCAGGGACCGGCCGCACGCCCCUCGCCCCCCACGCAGGAGCCACCGCUGGCGGACUGCGGCCGGGGCGGGCGGGGGAGGGCGAGGGAGCAGCGCCGAGAGCGCGGCCGGCCGAGCCGGGAGACGACCACCAGCCAACCACAAGACUGUUGCAAUGAGUUUUGUUGAAUAUGGCGAUACAAUCAAGGAUGGUGACACAGCUAUUGUGUUCUUGGGCCACGAAUCCAUGUUUCCUGUGAAAGUCCAGCAAGGCAGUGUAACUCAGACUAAAUAUGGGGUCAUCCGGCAUUCUACAGAUCUCAUAGGCAAGAAGUAUGGCUCCAAAGUGACCUGCAGUAAAGGAGGAUGGGUUUUUAUUCUUCAUCCAACUCCAGAACUGUGGACUGUGAAUCUUCCACACAGGACACAGAUCCUGUAUUCCACUGACAUCUCUGUAAUCACCAUGAUGUUAGAACUGAAGCCAGGCUCCAUAGUAUGCGAAUCAGGUACAGGCAGCGGAUCCCUGUCCCACGCUCUCAUCAGGACAGUGGCUCCCACGGGGCACCUGUACACAGUGGAGUUCCACCAACAGAGAGCUGAGAAGGCCAAGGAGGAAUUUCGGGAGCAUGGAGUAGAGCAUCUGGUCACAGUGACCAACCAGGAUGUCUGCAAGAAUGGAUUUGGUGUCUCAGACAUUGCAGACGCUGUGUUCCUGGAUAUUCCAUCUCCAUGGGAAGCCAUUGGACAUGCAAAGGCAGCGUUAAAAGCUGAAGGUGGCCGCAUCUGCUCUUUCUCCCCCUGCAUUGAACAAGUCCAGAGAACUUGCCUAGCAAUGGAAGAGUACGGUUUUACAGAGAUUAACACCUUGGAAAUUCUGCUCCGAGUAUACAAUGUAAGGACAAUUAGCUUGCAAAUCCCUGACCUUGGAAAAGCAGCUGAGGAUAAUUCUAGCGCUGGCUUUGACAGCAGCAACCCAUCAAACCAAGGUAGCCCAGGCACUAAUCUGCAGCAAGGAGUGGUGCAGUUCAAAAGCGGCGUGCCACUGAGGGAGAUGGUGGGUCACACUGGGUACCUGACCUUUGCCACUAAGAGCCUCUUCUAGUACACUUCAUUUGGGGAAGUUCUGAGUGUUUUGUGUGUUUGUGUGCAUUUGCCGUUUUCGUGGUUCUUUUUUGUAGGGCAUCCAAAUUUUUCCUUGUCAGGGAAUUCCAUAUAUAGUCAGAUUUAGUUGGAAUAUGCUUUGUUUAAAUAGCACGCAGGCAUUAACCAGAGCAGCAUCCAAGGGAAUGUUGGAACUGUGGAGCGGUGCUCCGCUUGCCGUCAGAAAGACAAAGUAGUAGCAAGUGGCCAUUCAUUGGAAUGUGUGGGAUAGAGAUUCCUCCUGAUAAGAAAGUAAAACAGCACACUGAUCACAAACAAGAUGGAUUUUUUUCCUCCUCUUUUCUGAAUGACUUUCCCAAUUUUAUGUUUUUAUCACAGCACCACGAGACAGUUCUCUUUUUAAACUUCUCUGGCGUAUGUGUGUUGCUUUUAGGAACGUGGAAGUGCUUCUUUGCUUCCUUUUGGAUGUGGAAGUUGCAGAGCUAUACGGUUGCCUGCAUGGCAGGUCACAGUAUUAGUGUUUCUUUGGAAAAUGUAGAGCUGCACAGAGGGUUAUUGGCAGCACUCAGGAUCACAGCCUCUUACUCCAUUCUGGCAUCUGCAAAUCACUUGGAUUACACAGAGUUUAAAUAAGUGUGCUAAUUGUUGGAUUUGGUCUAAAAUGGUAUUGCUGUCAAUUGAUAGUAGAAAAUCAGGCAUAGAUUUGUAUUAUAAUCUUCUAAUAGGUCUGCUGUCAGUGUUAUGAACCCACUGUGAAAAUGCACAUGAACAGAUGGGGAAUGUUACCUGAACUUCUGUUUGUGAGCAGUGUGACUGAGGUGCAGUUUGCUUGGUGUUUUAUGUGCACGAUGGUGAGUUAUCGUCCUGCAGCUGAAUGACAGUAAGAUUGCUUUUGGCAGGACUUGUCUCCAAAUGGCAACGAUAAUGCAAACGUGGUAAAACCAUUAAUCAGCCUUAUUAAUUAAGUUUUUAGACCAUUUACUCUUCAGUAUUCCAUACAAGCUGGUGGAUGGGAUGAACUUCUUGAAUGCUGGAUUACGUGUUAUUAUUUACAGAGUAAAAUAAUUAUGAAAAAUGUUGAAGUUCCUCUUUUUUUUUAAUGUGUAGGGUUUUUGUUUUUUUUUUUUUAACAAUUUCACAGAUAUUCCAGCCACCAGUACCAUCUCUGGAAACAUUUGGCUGUGCCUUGCAUUUGGCACUUUCAUUUGUUGAUUGUAAGAAAAAUAACCAUCCAUAACCUGCUGCCUGAGCAAUUGAACCUGAUAUCCCUCCCCCAUUCUUGACAAAAAUAAACAAAGCUAAGCUUUUAACAUGUUAUGGCAGAAUGCUAAUCCAUAAUGGUUUAAAGAAAGCUCAACCGAUCACGACAGCAAAGAUAAACUGUUGAGCAGAUUAAAGGCAGAAAGCAAUUCUGUAGCACUAAAUCAGUUAUGUAAGCAGGCCUACCAUUGUAGCUUUUCUCCAGAAAUUAUGUGAAUGUUCUGUUUCUGCUGUUAACUUCCUUUAGACAGAUUUGUGCUAAACUGCUAACACUGUUGGUGUGGUUUGGUGGCUGUGUUGUAAUGAUGUACAUAUAAGUGCAUAUGCACAUGUUCGUGUGUGCUUGAACUGCCACCAUGGAAGUGGUGCUGAGGGACUCAAAUAAACCAGAAGAAGGCACGAGGAAUUAGAAGGUUAAUGCUAUGAGACUGCUUACCUGGAGGUGAUUCAUACUUUCUAACAAGUGGGAUCCCCAGCCUUCACCAGGGAUAAUCAUAGAAUCAUAGAAUCGCAAGGUUGGAAACAACCUGCAAAUUGUAUAUAGAUCAAGAUCUUCUAGUCCAACCAUCCUCCCACUACCACUGCUACCACAAGCUACUAACCCAUAUCUCAUAGUUCCUCAUCCAGACGCCUCUUGAACACUGCCAGCGACGGUGAAUCCAGCACUUCCCUGGGCAGCCAUUCCAGUGCCUGACCACUCUCUGAGAGAAAAAGUUCUUCCUUAUGUCUAACCCAAAACCUCCUCUGGCACAACUCGUGACCAUUUCCUUGGGUCCUGUUUGUUGCCUGGGAGAAGAGGCCAAACCCCUCCUCAUCACAGCCUCCCUUCAUUAAGUUGUAGAGUGCAAUGAGGUUUCCUCUGAGCCUCCUCCAAAUAACUUCAGGGAUUCUUUUCUGACAUU